AUGGAGGCUUCCGGACACACUGGUUCUGCCCAGAACUACCAGAACCCCUUUGCAACCCCUCCGUUUGCUACUCCAAUUCCCUCGAUUCGGUCGCGGAGGCCUACUUCCUCUGCCGUUUCAAGUGCUCAGGUGCCGGUCGCUCCCCGGCCACGUCGUCGCUUCCAAAGUUCCAGAUUGAUUGGAGAGUUUGAGAAGCCCUGGCUUGAGGGAGGCAAGAGGACACCCAACUGGGACAGUAUUAUAUUCUACACUUGUGUUUUUAUCGCUAUUGCUGCCUCUGCCUACAUUUGCUACGAUGCCGUCGCAAAGGUACCGAAACAUGACUAUUGCCUAGUCUUGGAUGAAGACUUUUCGACCCUUGAUAAGAGUAUUUGGAGUCACGAGGUUCAACUGAGUGGUUAUGGAACUGGCUCUUUCGAUUGGACCACCGAUGACCCCAAGAACUCCUACGUGGAUUCCCUCGGUCUCCACAUUGCCCCAACACUCACCACCCAGAGCACCGAUAUCACGGAGAGCCAGUUGCUGAAUAGUUACACUGUGAACUUGACUGCUGCAGGCACUUGCACCUCCAAGGAUCAACGGAUCUCUGGCUUGACCUCCAACUCAAAGUGUGUUAUUCACAGCAAUGCGACCCUGGGUGAUAUCAUCAAUCCUGUCCGAUCAGCCCGUCUCACCACAUCCGGCAAGAAGACAAUCAAAUAUGGUCGCGUUGAGGUCGUUGCCAAGUUGCCCAAGGGUGACUGGCUGUGGCCGGCCAUUUGGAUGAUGCCCCAGAAUGAUAUUUACGGUGCUUGGCCCGCGAGCGGUGAAAUCGACAUCGCCGAGAGUAGAGGCAACGAUGCCGAGACUUAUAACCUUGGCGACAAUAUUGUGUCUUCAUCCAUGCAUUGGGGCACAACCUAUGACAACGAUGCUUAUACUUUAAGCUCCGGAGAAUGGGGUGCCAAGCGUGAUAAGUACUCUGAGGGAUACCACACCUUUGGACUGGAGUGGUCGGAGGACUAUCUGUUCACUUGGCUCGAUGGCCGUCUUCGACAAGUUCUCUUCUUCAAUUUUAAGAAGGCUGGCAGCCUGUGGACCUAUGGCGGAUUCUCUAGUGAUACCGUCAACGGCUCUGCACCGACUAAUCCUUGGAGUCAGACUGGCCGAGACAACACGCCGUUUGACCAGCCAUUUUACCUGAUUCUCAGUGUCGCUGUUGGUGCCACCAAUGGGUACUUCCCGGACGAUCUUGGCAACAAACCGUGGACCGAUGGCAGCAAAACUCCCUCGCGAGACUUUUACCUUGCAAACAGUACCUGGCUGCCGAGUUGGGGAGAGGGCGACAGUCGUGACAUGAUUGUGAAGUCGGUCAAGAUGUGGCAGCAGGGGAAGUGUUAA